GUGGGUGGCCCUUACUAUAUAAUCCCCAUCUUCUUCUCCCUCAGAAGAAACCCUAGACGACGUCUCCGACCCAAGCCACCGGCCGCAGGGUUUUCGAAGGAUCCCGAGACCUUCUCCAACCGCCAUGGCCCCUGCUAAAGGUGACAAUGCGAAGAAGUCUGAUCCAAAGGCUCAGGCCUUGAAGGCUGCAAAAGCUGUCAAAUCGGGACCAACCUUUAAGAAGAAGGCUAAGAAGAUCCGGACUUCAGUUACCUUUCACAGGCCAAGGACACUGAAGAAGGAAAGAAAUCCCAAAUAUCCUCGCAUCAGCGCUCCGCUGAGGAACAAGCUCGACCAUUAUCAGAUCCUCAAGUAUCCCCUCACUACUGAGUCUGCAAUGAAAAAGAUUGAAGACAACAAUACUUUGGUAUUCAUCGUAGACAUCCGAGCUGAUAAGAAGAAGAUCAAGGAUGCGGUCAAGAAAAUGUAUGAUAUUCAAGCCAAGAAAGUUAACACCUUGAUCAGGCCUGACGGUACGAAGAAGGCAUAUGUUAGGCUGACUCCCGACUACGAUGGUCUGGAUGUGGCGAACAAAAUCGGCAUUAUUUAAGUUGGAAUUGGUUUUUCAUUCUGAUCAUCAUUCUUCUCUUAGUGAAGACAAUUUUGUGGAGGUGUUGAGAAUGGAGACUCAUCUGUAAUGUGACCUGUCAUUUAAAUAUUUUUGGCGUUUCUGAAAAUUCAGAUUUCAGGUGGA